AUGCGGUGGCGGCUGCCGGGUGCCCGUUCGACCCUCCCCGCCAGCGUCGCCCUUCUCCUUCUGCCGGUCCUGGUUGCUCCGCAGCAGCAACCAGCCCAUCAUGGAUCGGCCCCCCGUGUGUCCGUGCCGUUAGCCUCGGACUCUUCGACGCAUGAGACGGCCUCACUGGCCGAACCCCCCCUCGUGAAAUCCUACGAUGCGAGCGCCCUAGCAACUCUGGCUCUGGCGGGCUCCGGCCGCGCCGUUCGAGCCCCUCCUGCCCAGGCCAGCAGCACAGCUGCCGGUCUGGCUCCGCAGCUUCACGCGCGGUCCUUGCAGGACUGGGAGGUUGAGGACUUUGUGCUGCUGGCGACCGUCGAUGGAACCAUUCACGCCCGAGACCGCAAGACCGGUGCCGCUCGCUGGGCCCUGGAGGUGCCCAGCAGCCCCAUGGUCGAGAGCAUUUACCAUCGAGCUAAUCGCUCGAGUUUUGAUGAUACCCAGCCCGAGGACGACUUUUUGUGGAUCGUCGAACCCAGUCAGGAUGGCAGCCUGUACAUUUACAGCCCUGGCCCGGAUGCGGGGCUACAGAAACUUGGCUUGACAGUCAAGCAGUUGGUGGACGAAACUCCUUAUUCCGGCAUUGAGCCUGCCGUGACAUACACUGCUCGGAAGGAGACUACCUUGUACACCAUUGAUGCUCGCACGGGAAGCAUCCUACGGGUGUUCAGUUCUCGCGGACCUUUCACCGCCGGACAGGGGUGCCGGAAGGUAGAUGGGCAGGAGUUGGAUCCCGAACAAUGCGAAAACACCUCCGGCACUCUCGUCCUCGGUCGGGUCGAAUAUGCUGUCGCCAUCCAAAACACCGAGACCGGCGAUCCCAUCUGCACAUUGAAAUACUCCGAGUGGGCUCCAAAUAAUCGCGAUAUGGAUCUUCAGAGCCAAUAUUAUCGGUCCAUGGACCUGAGCCACAUCUACAGCAUGCACGAUGGCGUGGUGCUAGGCUUCGAUCAUUCCCGAAUGGACCGGGCUCGAUUCAGACAACACUUUUCGUCGCCUGUCGUACGGGUCUUCGACAUCGUGCGCCCCGCAGCCACGGAUGCACCGGACACCCUUCUCCCACUGGUGCUCUUGUCGCAGCCUUCGCAGCCCCCAGAUCCAGAUUACGGAAGUCUUCACGAUGAGCGUGACCUGCGUGUUUUCAUUGAAACGACCAGUGCCGGCGGUUGGUAUGCCCUAUCAGAGGAAACAUAUCCGUUAGUCACUGGACGCGCCACCAUGGCCCCGUGCUACGAGAAGGACUUUUUCCGCAAGGGCCAGUCGCUUAUGAGUUUGACUCAGCGUCAACAGCGAGAGGCCUUGGCGGGUGUUCAUUCCCUCAAUGGUCCCCAUGUUGUUCGACCUCCCCUGGCCAGUAUUGGUGGCUCAGCCACGGAAUUGUCCAGCGGCACACCUCGAGGCGCUUUGCGCAGCCCUUCCGAACUGGCAUUGCCUCCGGCAUUGCGGAAUAGUGCUAUCAUUCGCAAGGGCUGGGACAAUGCGCUGGACAUUAUUGUGACGUUGGUGCUCCUGUUCAUUGGUACAUUCAUCUAUUUCAACUCCCAUCAUCUGCGGGACCUGGCGAGACAGAAACUUGACAUCAAGAACAUCAUCAAUGCGAAUGACAAGCCUCCUCUGUCCGCUCCUCCAACACCGAUCGUCGAGACCGCGCCGGACCUGAAUCGGACAUCCACGCCGAGACGUCCUCUUCCCAAUGGACCUGUCGACGUGAAAAUGACGGACGCCCAAGCCGACGAAAAUGAAACUCCACGACCUCCCAGCAAUGGCAAUGUACUACCACUCGAUUCCACGCCGCGUAUUCGAAUUCGAGAACCAUCUCGUGACCCUGGCGAUGAGGAUGUGGAUGAACUUGAGCUCGCUGAACAGGGACAGCCCACCAAGAAAAAGAAGCGUUCCCGCGGAACCCGUGGGGGCAAAGGGCACCGACGCAAGGAGAAGCCCGGCGCCGGGGACAGCACGCAAGAAACAGCCGAUCAAGUGGUGGAACAAGUCAACGCCUUGGCUCCGCAGCCACGUCUGGAGCCUGACGUGCAGCUGAGUCGCACAGUAUCCAACGAGAUUAUGGAGAUGGAUGGCGUUCUCCGCAUUGGUCGUCUCCAAGUGUUUACCGACGUUGUGCUGGGCCACGGCAGCCACGGGACUGUGGUCUAUCGCGGGUCUUUCGAUGGCCGCAAUGUCGCUGUGAAACGCAUGCUGAUGGAAUUUUACGAUAUUGCCUCUCACGAAGUCGGUUUAUUGCAAGAAAGUGACGACCAUAACAACGUGAUCCGGUACUUCUGCCGUGAGCAAGCUACCGGCUUUCUGUACAUUGGUCUUGAACUAUGUCCGGCGUCUCUGCAGGAUGUGGUUGAACGCCCAUCUGACUUCCCGGACCUGGUUCAGGGUGGCUUGGACAUGCCCGAUGUUCUACGUCAGAUCAUUUCUGGAGUUCGCUACUUGCACUCCCUCAAGAUUGUUCACCGAGAUCUGAAGCCCCAGAACAUUCUUGCGGCCAUGCCUCGUGGUCGCACGGGCUCGCGAUCCUUGCGACUCCUUAUUUCCGACUUCGGACUGUGCAAGAAACUGGAAGACAACCAGAGCUCGUUCCGCGCUACCACCGCCCAUGCCGCCGGUACUUCGGGAUGGCGCGCGCCGGAACUGCUGGUUGAUGAUGAUUCCUUUGGCCUUGAAUCUCAGAAUACGGAAACAUCCGAGCCUGCCGUUGUUGAUCCGCAAACCAACCGCCGGGCCACUCGUGCCAUCGACAUCUUCUCCCUGGGAUGUGUGUUCUACUACGUCCUGACGCGCGGCAGCCACCCGUUCGACAAGAAUGGCAAAUUCAUGCGCGAGGCCAAUAUCGUUAAGGGCAAUUUUGACCUCCAGGAGCUAGAUCGGCUGGGUGAUUACGCUUUCGAGGCGGAUGAUCUUAUCCGCUCAAUGUUGUCUCUGGACCCCCGCCAACGACCCGACGCCAGUGCAGUUCUGAUGCACCCCUUCUUCUGGCCCCCGUCAGACCGACUCAGCUUCCUUUGUGACGUGUCAGAUCAUUUCGAGUUUGAGCCGCGCGACCCGCCAUCCGAUGCGCUGUUGUGCCUGGAAUCCGUUGCACCACAAGUCAUCGGCCCCGAGAUGGAUUUUCUGCGGUUGUUGCCGCGUGACUUCAAGGACAACCUGGGGAAACAACGCAAGUACACGGGUUCCCGGAUGCUCGAUCUGUUACGCGCUCUUCGCAACAAGCGCAACCACUACAAUGAUAUGCCGGAGUCUCUGAAGGCGCAUGUCGGCGGCUUGCCGGAGGGAUACCUCAAUUUCUGGACUGUCCGGUUCCCCAGUCUGCUCAUGAGCUGUCAUUGGGUGAUCACCGAUCUUGGUCUGACGCAUAUUGAUCGGUUCCAGCGGUAUUUUGCACCCGCGGACUAG